CGCGAAUAAACAGCCGGCGGUGCGAGGCUCUGUGCUAAGAUCGAGUCCAUAUAUAUAUUCUCUCGCCUCGAUCCGGUGGCUAUAUAAAGUGCAAACGGGGCUGAUGUCUGGGCAUUCAUUGUUUGCUCGCAGGCAAAUCAACUCCCCAACCGAAGGACCAAAGGAUUUCGGGCCAUAAAUCCAAUCCAAAUUCAUUCAUCAUUAAUCUUGCUCCGAGUCUGAGUCCCAGUCUCAGGAAUUGUGUGUGUGCUUGUGUACUCUACUGUUUAUCAAAGCAAAGUCAAAUUAAAAGCCAAACAGCGCCAAAUACAAACAACGAUUCGUCGGCUGUGGAAUAAACAAAAAAAUAUCGCAAAACGUGCGCGCCAACAAAAAACCGAAAGAAGGGAAAAAUUCGCUAUAAAUUUUCCCGAUUCCACGCCCCUUCUUCGUCCCAAUAAAUUGUUUGCCUACGUAGAACAAAAGAAAGCAUUUUGCAAUAAACAAAACCCAGACAAUAUGGAAGUGCAGAAAUUACCAGAUCAGUCGCUGAUAUCCAGCAUAAUGCUCGAUUCCAGAUGUGGGCUGAACGACUUAUAUCCGAUUGCCCGGCUGACACAGAAAAUGGAGGACGCCCUAAGUGUUUCUGGGAAAGCUUCGGCUUCGGCUUCCGUCGAUAAGGACUGCCCCUAUACCAUCGAACUGAUCCGUCCCGAGGAUGCGGAUGCGGUGAUAGCCAUGCUCAAGAGAUUUUUCUUCAAGGAUGAACCCCUCAAUACCUUUCUGGAUCUGGGAGAGUGCAAGGAGCUGGAGAAGUAUUCCCUGAAGCCACUUCCCGACAACUGUUCAUACAAGGCGGUCAACAAGAAGGGCGAAAUUAUAGGCCUAUUCCUGAAUGGAUUAAUGAGACGUCCGUCACCCGAUGAUGUGGCCGAGAAGGCGGCCGAUUCUUGCGAUCAUCCCAAAUUCAAGAAGAUCCUGUCGCUGAUGGACCAUGUGGAGGAGAAGUUCAACAUCUUCGACGUAUACCCUGACGAGGAGCUGAUCCUGGACGGCAAAAUCCUGUCGGUGGACACCAACUACCGGGGCUUGGGCAUCGCCGGGCGCCUGACGGAGCGAGCCUACGAGUACAUGAGGGAGAAUGGCAUCAAAGUGUACCAUGUGCUCUGCUCCAGCCACUAUUCCGCCCGGGUGAUGGAGAAACUGGGCUUCCACGAGGUGUUCAGCAUGCAGUUCGCCGACUACAAGCAGCAGGGAGAGGUCGUCUUCAAGCCGGCGGCACCACAUGUCGGCAUCCAGGUGAUGGCCAAGGAAGUGGGCACGGCGAAGACGGCGCAGACGAAGCUGUAGAUGAUCUGAAUUUGGAUUUUGUACUAUGUGAUUCUUUAGUUUGUAGUUCGGUGGCGGGUUCCCAGUAGUUCCAUGUCAAGUGUUUUCGAUUCAGAGUAGUAUAAACAAACAGUACAAGUUACGUAUUUAUCUAAUUUAAUUCGCCCGUUGUUGCGACGCUAAACUUAAGUGUUUUGUGUUUAGAACGAGCUCAAAAAAUAAAAACAUUGUCUUUAAAA